AUGUAUUGCAUCUCAGACCUCGACCACUACAUCGUCAACGCUGAGCUCUGUCUCGAUCACCCCAUCCCCUUCAACCACCUCUUCCACUUCUUCCACCUCUUCGGCAUCUCCAUCGUCAACGACCGCACAGCCAAGCUGCACUCCAUCUCUUAUUUUGGAUGCGGUGGCAGCGUGCUCCUGUCAAUCUUCGCUCUGGAUAACGCAGGAAACCCGAUAAUCAAGUCCUUUCAGCUUGCACUUGGGAGCGUCUCUAUGCCUGUAUUGGUACUCGGAGUGGACGGGAAUCCUGUCUCGGGUGCCAGCAUCACCGCAAACGCAACCACGUAUCCUGGCGUUGGUCAAUCCUGCAUCACUGAUAACCAGGGCCAAUGCACGUUCAAAAAUCUUCCAUCUACGACGAUAGGGCUAGUCGCCAGAGCAGGCGACAAUUCCAUCGCGGUCAAUGGCUUGGCAGCAUCUUCUGGACUUGUGACUCUGAGACUGAUGCCCUACGUCGAUCCUGAUGCCGAUGCUAGCUUCGACAUUGAUAAUGGUACAUCGGGUUGGUCCGGGGGCAUUACAAAGAUCACCAAGGUGAAGCGUGACGCUCAGCUCUCUGUUUCGACGAACGGCCGUUAUAAUCUCCAAUCCGCCGCCAAGAGUUUUCCUGUCCGUCCCUUCACCACGAACGCAUACAUCAAGUACAAAUUUAUCACCUCUGAAGUCCCCGGUGGUUAUUUCGGCUCCCAGUAUAACGACUACUAUUCCAUCACAAUCCGUUCGAAUACGGGAGCAUUCGUUACAGUCACCAACAGCAUGAACGCUCUUGGUCUCGGCGCCUUUGACUCAAGCGGAGCUACAGAUUGGUUUACUCUGUCGUUGCCUGUUCCUAGCAAUACCGACUCGGUACGAUAUGAUGUCGGGGUCUCUAAUGUUGCUGACAACCUCCUUGAUUCUCAAGUCGUCGUUGAGAAAGUGGGAGACCUGCAGUGCGAAAACUGUGGCGACUGUAGCACUUGCCCAACAGAUCCUAUGUGUCAGCCAUCCUGCACAAAUCCGCCGAUAAAAUCUUGCAGUUUCUACCGCAACUGCGCACAAUCUCAGCUGGGCUGCAAUGCUGGCGAGUAUCCUCUGGCGUAUGGAGAAAAGAACUGCCUUAAGAUAUCCAGCAAUGUGGAAUUGUUCUCAUCUGCGGGGCAGGACUGGGUAUGGAACACAAUGCACUGUCUGCAAGUCAAGAUGGUGCCCGUCCUCCAGCCCUGCACCGCAUCAUGUGCUUCCUUCAGUGCUGCGGCUUUUGCGUCGCAUACGGGGUGCUAUCUGGAAAAUGGAAUCUGUUCAUUGCCAUGCCUGGAUUUGGUCCUCCUCUUCGCUAGCGUGGGGACUGACCUUUUCACAAAGGAGAGCUUAGUCCAAGCAGUCCAAGUCGGCGCAGGGUGCCUGGAGAACAUCAGGGAAACGCUGCAAGGCUGCGGCGGAACUGUUUCCCAGGUUGUCAUUGAAGUCAUUCUGGCCCUUCUAUUUAAGAUCUGA